AGAUUUUCCUAAAAAGAAACUUUUAAACUUUUUCUAACAAAUCUAACCUUAGAAAAAUAAAAUCACAAGAAAAAUGUCUCAAUAUAAAGGUGCAAAGUGUAGUGUUACAAAUUGUAGAUCCAUUCAAAAUUCAGAGAAGGAUUUAUUUUUUCAUAUACUAAGCCGAAAGGCGACAAAGCACGUCAAAGAAGCUUGGAAGAAAGGAGUUGAUGUGAGAAUGUACGAAGGAUGAUCCUCUAUCGCAGAACAAUUUUAACCCAUCUCAUCUUGUAGGGGAACAUAAAAAAUAGAAGAAUCGCGAGAGAAACUCCCCAAUAUCCACUGGGAUCACAUAGAAAAGUGCAGUGAAAGUACAGUCCGGGAAAACAUAACCUCAAUUUUGGAACAACAUUUAAAUGAAUAGGAGGAACUUCAUUGUGUUCUACCAGCGUUGCAUCGGGACCUCUUGAGCUUCUUUAUAACCUUCCCAACCUUUCCUGCCUACCCGGAUGAAGAUUUGAAUGAUUUUUGCUUUACAACUUUUGUCUUUCCGGACUUCUCGUUGUUGAGUUUUUUUUCUUUUGGAGUGUCGGAAGUUUUUGAAGUCCGGAAAGACAAAAGUUGUAAAGCAAAAAUCAUUCAAAUCUUCAUCCGGGUAGGCAGGAAAGGUUGGGAAGGUUAUAAAGAAGCUCAAGAGGUCCCGAUGCAACGCUGGUCGAACAUAAUAAAGGUCUUCCUAUUCAUUUCAAUGGUGUUCCAAAAUUGAGGUUAUGUUUUCCCGGACUGUACUUUCACUGCACUUUUCUAUGUGAUCCCAGUGGAUAUUGGGGAGUUUCUCUCGCGAUUCUUCUAUUUUUUAUGUUCCCCUACAAGAUGAGAUGGGUUAAAAUUGUUCUGCGAUAGAGGAUCAUCCUUCGUACAUUCUCACAUCAACUCCUUUGCUGGAGGCUCAGCUGAGUACCCAGUUGUAUGUUCUAAGCAUUUUGUUGAAGAUGAUUUUCUAUAUAGCUCUAUUUAUAUGAAAAACUAUCCUAAUGCAAAGCAGAAAUUAAAACGGAAUGCCAUUCCAUCAAUUAAGAGAAUCCCAACAUUAUUGGGUAGAAUUGAGAAAAAGAAACGGAAGAAUAUGAAGAAAGUUGGGGAGAAUUUGCAUAAUGAUUCUGAGAGUUCAUCGUCAAACGAAGAAAUGCCAUCUGUUGAGAAAACGCCAUCAUUGACAUUGGAUGCAAGGCAAAGCCCAUUAAUUACUACAGCGUCAGCAUCCACCAAUCCUCUAGCUUUAGCAUCUGCUGUUGAAGAUUUAGAUAUUCUUGCAAUGUCUACUGUGCCAAAUCAAAUGGAUCUAGUGGAAAUGCAAGAGGAUGAACAGGAAGAUAAUGAAAAUCUCAAUCAAUUGGACAAUGUCGUUGUUAUUCCCGAAUUAUCGUGUACAGAUGUCCAGGAAAAUCUUGGAUAUAACAUUGAUAUAAAACCCUCAAUGGUUUAUGCAAAAACCGAAGAGAGAUUUAUUGAAAGGGAAAGCCAAAAGAAGCUCAUUGGUGAGAUUGAUCGAUUAAAAAAUCAAACAACCCGAUUGAAGGAAGACAAGCAGCGUCUACAGGAAAAAAUUGCAGAUCUCAAGUACAAAAAUCAAGCUUUGACGAAGGUGAAGCAGGAAAAAGAUAACAUGGAGGAGGCACUUUUGCAGAUUUUCUCACAGAAUGAACUUGAUUUGUUGCUAAAAAGAAAAUCUCACGUUGUUUGGCGCCGAAAGGAAAUUCAGGAAGCUUUUCUCAUUCGCUAUUUAAGCAAAACUUGCUACAGAUACUUGAGGACUAAGAAGCGCUACCCUCUUCCAUCAACGGCUGCAAUAGAUAAGUGGGUUAAUCGGUAUGGUGUUCGUCUUGGUGUUUUGGAUGAUCUUGAAGUGGAUUCUGAUUGAUUUUAUUCCUUAAAUUUAGAGAAUAAAUAAAAUAGUAGUAAGUUUUAUUGGGUUAUUUUUACUUAAUUUCUCAAAGUGUAAAGAUGGAAUAGCCCGAAUAGUUCUUUUCGGGAAAUUGUAAGGUUUAGGCCUUUUAGUAAAUCUCAGUAGGCGUAUUUUGUAAAAAAAAGGAGAAAAUCAAUUUUAAGAGACGCCAAAGUGAAUUUGAUAAAACCAUGUAAAAUAGAUUUUGUCGGGGAAAAAGGAUGAUUAAAAUAUCAACAGAUUUUAAAGCUGAAUGAAGAAAGGAUUUACUACAAGAAAACAAAAGGAGUGAAGGGAUAUAAGGAGCGGAUAGCGAAUACAAUAGAAUCCUUCACCCGCACUCGCCAUUGAAUUUUAUCAUCCUCACCACCUGCACCGAAGAUCAAUUAGAAAAUAAUAAAUACAAUCUAUUGAAUAAAUUGCGAUCCCUAAGAGUGUCUCUAACUUUUUUGCAGCAACUGUACCUUAGAAACGCCAUCUGAUUUGGCAUUGUCAUUUUUUGCCAUCCGGGAGUUUUAUAUUUAAUGCGUGGAGGCACCUGAACUGAAAUCAUUCUAAGUCGCCCUUUAUCACGGUAUUAUCGUCGACUCUUUUUUUUAUCACCAAAUCUAGUCAAGAGAGACUCUUAUGUAAGCUGUGUGCAGCCGGAAAGAGUGUGUGAUAGCGUGGAAAAUUCCGGAAAGAAGAUGAAUUCGAGAAUUUUGAUCAUUGGUGCAGGAGCAUCGGGGGUUGCAGCUGCUAGUCGAUUGCUACGGAAUGGCUUUACGAAUGUUGCCAUCCUCGAGGCGGAGAAUAGGAUUGGUGGUCGGGUAUGGACGGUACCCUUUGGGAAGAAUGUUGUUGAUUUGGGGGCUCAGUGGUGCCAUGGCGAGAAGAACAACGUGGUGUAUGAGAUGGCAUCACAGAAGGAUCUUCUCAGUGUGACUGGGUAUCAGUACAAUAAAACCCCGCUGAUACAGUCAUGUGGACGAGAGAUUGACGAAACCACUGCGGAUCUUCUCAUGUCUCUGGCCAUCUCCAUUGUGGAGCUGUACAAGGAUGAGAUAGCCAAGCAUGAUGGUUCUCUGGGUUCAUUCAUUGUGCCAAAGUUCAAGGAGUGCCUGAAGCAGGAGGAGUACAAGUCAAUUGAUCUCACUGUUGCUGACCAAUUCUUGGAUUUCUUUCACAAAUACGAAAAUUCCAUUGAAGCCUCAGAUACGUGGUACGAUACCUCGGCAAGGGGUUACCUUGAGUAUUGGGAUUGCGAAGGGGAACGCCUCCUCAAUUGGCGCGACAAGGGCUACAAGACAGUCCUGAGCCUCCUAACUGAUGGUAUCCCCAUUGAAUCUUUUGUGCAAUUUGGGAAAAUAGUCACAAACAUUUCCUGGAGUCACGAACAAAUUGACUCAUCCGUUGCCAUUAAGUGUCACGACGGGACAACCUACACUGCCGAUCAUGUGAUACUCACCACAUCCUUGGGUGUGCUAAAGGAGAACUACCCCACACUCUUCACACCACCACUGCCACCGGUUAAGCGGAAUGCAAUUGAAGGACUCAGCAUUGGGACAGUUGAUAAGAUUUUCCUGGAGUUUGAAAAGCCCUUCUGGGACGAAGAAUGGCUCGGUUUUGCUUUGCUGUGGCACAAAACUGACCUGGAAGAAUUGCGGAAAUCCGAACUGAUGGAUUGGCUUGAGGAUGUCUUUGGCUUCUACACCGUUGAUUACCAACCGAAUGUUCUCUGUGGAUGGAUUUAUGGUGUGAAGGCGAGAAAAAUGGAAAGGGACACGGAGGAAAAUGUUAGGCGCGGUGUAAUGUUCCUCCUGAGGAAGUUCCUCAAGAAAGACAUCCCAGAACCAGUUGCAAUUCGCAGAUCACAAUGGUAUAGUAAUCCGAACUUUAGGGGUUCCUACACAUUUCGCUCUAUAACAACUGACCUCUUAAACACCUCUCCGGAUGAUUUGGCUAAGCCUCUGACCAAUUCCUUGGGAACUCCUGUUGUUUGCUUUGCCGGCGAAGCAACGAGUACCCACUACUACUCAACAGUUCACGGUGCUAUUGAAUCCGGAUGGCGAGAAGCUCAGCGAUUAACAGAUCUCCACAAGAAGGCUGCUCCAGGAAAUUGUAGAGAAGAAGAUGAUGUGAUAGUUUUGGGCGCAGGAUUGGCUGGGAUUGGAGCUACGUUGACGCUACAAAAAGCUGGCUUCCGGACACGCCUCAUUGAGGCACAAAGUCAUCCAGGUGGGCGCAUCAGAACUGUCCCCCUGACACACCUGGCUAAUAAUUCCUCUGAAGCAACAGCAACGGUUGAGGCUGGUGCCCAGUGGCUUCAUGGGAAGAAUAAUCAACUUUUCACGGAAGCAAUGGGAAUUGAUGCCCUCUCGCCGGAGCUGAGUGAGGAAGGACGUGGGAUCUUUGCGAAGGAAGAUGGAACAAUCAUUGAGGAUUCCUUCGUGGAGUUGAUUGACUUCAAAAUUGGAGAGAUUUUGGAGGAAUGCGAAGGUUUCUUCUUUUGCCCGAACAUCGAAGCAUAUCGUGAUGUAUCCGUUGAGGAGUAUUUGAGGGAGAAAUUCAACGAACGCAUCAUCCCAUCAAUUGACCCGGAGCGUGUGGGUGAUGCACGAUUACUCCUGGAAUGGCACAUUCGUUUCCAGAUCAUUGACAAUGCCUGCUUGAGUCUCAGGGAGGUUUCAGCCAGAGAUUGGGGGCAGUACUCAUUCAAUGGUGAGAGCUGUCAGACGCAUAUAAAUUUCAGGAAUGGCUUUGGGCAGGUAAUCACUUCUCUAAUGGAACGUAUUCCUCGUGAUCUUGUGGAAUUUGGCUGUGAAGUUGUUAAAAUUGACUACAGUCGUGGCAUGGAGGAUUCCCGGUACAAAGUUUUCAUUGAAACAGCUGAUGGGAGGGUUUUCCGGGCAAGACAUUGCAUUGUCACCUUCUCCCUGGGAGUCCUAAAAGCCUCCAUGGGGACUCUCUUUGAACCUCAACUCCCUCAACCUCUGCAGCGUCUUAUUGGUGCCUAUGGCUAUGGGACAAUCAACAAGAUCUACCUGCGCUACGAUUGCCCUUGGUGGGAUGACAAUUGGGAAGGUGUUCAGUUUGUCUUUGACCAGAAGAAUGACAAUGAGGAAGGUAAUUCCUGGAUGAGAGAUAUGUCUGGCUUUGAUGUUCUUCAACCCGGGCCAGCUAAUACCCUCGUGGGGUGGAUUGGCAGCCAGGGAGCCAUUGAGAUGGAGCAAUUAUCCGAUGAAGCAAUAGCAAUUGAGUGCACAAAACUCCUGAGAAAAUUCACGCAGAAAAAUGUCCCACAACCGAGUGGCUUCUUUGCAUCUCGCUGGACACAGGAUACCUUCAUUCGUGGUGCCUACAGCUUCACCAGUGUCCCCAAAUGUCUUCUCCGGGAGGGCUGUAGCCUCACGGAGCCCCUUCCCUUUGUCAGGAUGCCAAAUGUUCCUGCUAUCUUCAUUGCCGGUGAAGCCUGCCACGAAAAGUACUUCUCAACAGCUCAUGGGGCUUUUGCAUCCGGCAUUGAGCAGGCCAAUAAAGUUGUGGACUUGUAUUCGCAAUUUAAUGUUUAAGGAUCUCUCUCUCAGAUUUAUCUUCUUUUUUUUUCAGAGCAAAAAAAUGCAAUGAAAUGAGACUUUUUAGCCAUCAGGGAUAAUUUUAAUACAUCCAUCAUGCAAUAGAAAUUUAGAAAUUAUAAGGAGAUUUUUUUUUCACAUUUAGCUGAAAUUUUUAAUAAUAAAAAAUGUGACCAAAAUGUAAAAGAUUUAUGCAUAAAGAAAAUAAAGUAAAAUCCGCUUUAAUUUUUUC